AUGGCGGGUCAAGCUAACACAAUACAGGUUCCCACCGACGCUGAGCUGCUGCAAGCACAGGCCGACCUAUGGCGCCACAGCUUCUCCUACCUCACGGCCAUGGCGCUCCGCUGCGCCGCCAAGCUCGGCAUCCCCACCGCCAUCCACCGCCUCGGCGGCGAGGAGGCGGCAGCAUCCUUGCCCGAUCUCAUGGCGGCCUUGUCCCUCCCGGCGAGCAAGCAACCGUUCGUCCGCCGCCUCAUGCGGCUCCUCGUCGCCGUCGGCGUCUUCGCCGCCGACGGCGUCGCCGACGAGCGCUACCGCCUCACCCCGCUGUCCCGCAUCCUCGUCGACGGCGUCGCCGCCGCCGACGACCACCACCACGACGUUCUCCAGACGCCCUUCGUCCUCACCGCGACGUCGCGGCAGUACGUCGAGGCGGCGCUGGGGGUGGACGAGUGGCUGCGGAAGGACGCGCCGCCGGCGCCGGCGCCGGUGCCGUCGCCGUUCGAGGACGCGCACGGCGCGCCGCUGUUCGACGAGGCCACCGCGGCGGCCAUCGACCCGGAGUUCGCCGCGGCGGCGGACGACGCCCUGGCGGCGCACGACAGCCUCGGGAUCGGCGCCGUGCUGAGGGAGUGCGGCGACCUCCUCCGCGGGGUGGCGUCGCUGACCGACUGCGCCGGCGGCGACGGCGCGACGGCGAGGGCCAUCGCCGCGGCAUUCCCGCACAUCAAGUGCACGGUGCUGGACCUCCCGAAGGUGAUCGACAAGGCGCCGGUGGAUGAUGGCGUGGUUAACUAUGUUGCAGGUGACAUGUUUCAUGCUGUCCCACCUGCUCAAGCCGUGCUUCUCAAGCUUGUACUGCAUUUUUGGAGCGAUGACGACUGCGUGAAGAUCCUGUCCCAGUGCAAGAAAGCCAUCCCUUCACGAAAGGAGGGAGGGAAGGUGAUCGUCAUAGACAUACUGAUCGAGCCUUCGCUGGGGCCAGCGAUGCUCGAAACCCAGCUGCUGAUGGACAUGGCCAUGAUGGUCAACACCAGAGGCCGACAGCGAGACGAAAGCGAGUGGCGAGACCUGUUCUUCAGAGCUGGAUUCAGUGACUAUAAGAUCGCCAAGAAGCUCGGAGCUCGAGCUGUGUUCGAGGUCUAUCCAUGAGAUUUCAUGCUCGAGCUAGCUCCUGAAAAAUGGUACUGUACGUUCUAGUACAUAUUAUGGUUUGUGUUUGCAUUAUGUGCGUGCUGUAUAUGUGCAUUAGUGCAUAUGAAGGUAAAUAAAUGGAGUGCUCUGAAGGGAACAAAUUAAAAGAGGUUUCAGUGAACGUAAAGCACAGGAGGUGUUUGGCUUUGGGUACUUCAUGGUUUGUGUAAGUACUCCUAUUUACACAUACAAUUAUUGUAUACCAACAAGGACAUGUUAUGUACAUGUGCAGUGUGCUUGUACGUGGAUAUAUUGUGUAAAACCACUGUAUAUAUGUUAUAUGUGUGCUUCGCAAUUAAGCUCAGUCAUGAUAUAUGGAGAGAAGAGAACUUGUGAUU